AAAAUUGAAAUAGAAAAACAAGCGUCCUUCACUUGACUUUCACACUCCAUUGUCAGAACAAAGAAAAUGUCCAAACUCAGAAAUCUGAAACAACCAUAGUUCCUAUAACCACCACCUCUUCCACAUUCACUUCAACAUCAAUGGCUUCAGCAUUGGAAUGUUGGUCGAGGCGCGGCAACAACAACAACGAUGAAGACAUGGUAGAACAAGUCCUCAUGGAAACCAACCCAUCUUCACACUCACAACCCAACCACAAAGACUCUUCCAUUAUCCACAAGAAGUUCAACAAACUCACUCGCAAUGUUUCUGAAGCUAUUGCUUCCCUCAAAAACACCCUCAAUAUUAACCUUAACCUUGAUUCUUCCAAACCCGACAACAACAACAGUUCUCGUACUAGCAACAAUCUCGUUUGGGGAACUGUUGUUCGAAACUUAACUCAGCUUUACCCUGGUAGCCAGCUUCCUGAGAAGCUCAUGUCCAACAUUCGUAAACACUAUGAUUCCUUGCCUCCUAGUUAUUCUCAGGCGGGAUUUGAUGUUAAAGAUGUGUUUCUUCACAUCAAGUUAAUUGAGCAAGCUUUGGAAGAUUCACAGGCCGCGAUUUUGAUUGAUGAGGAGUGUGAUGAUGAGAUGCAGCUUCAGGGGUCUUUGUUCAAGUUGACAUUUGCUUGCAACUCUCCGAUUUCAUGGCCUGCAAUGUCGAGUGCGUUGGAUAGUUCCUCCAUUUGCUGCAAGAAGAUUCAGAUCUUUGAGAAGAAAGGCCUUACCCUUGGAAUUGUGCUUUUACUUGUUCUUUCUGGGGCUGGUCAAGAUAACUUGGUAAGGACCCGGGUUGAAAGUGCUCUCAAGUUUGCCAUGAAGAAGCCUAAAGGUAGUGUUGUGAAGCUUCCUUUUGGGCUUUGUGGAUGUCAAGAGGAGAAUUUCAAGGGGAGGGAGCUUGGAGAGAUUGAAGAAGAUUGUAGCGGUGUAUACUGUGAAAAUUCGAGUCAAAAGAUUCAGCUUGAAAUGCCCUUGCCUAAUUCGUCCUUUCAUGUAUCGGUAGACGAGUGGCAGACUAUUCAGACAAAUGCAGAUGAGAUGCAAAAAUGGUUGUUGAACUCGGAUAGUCUUGAGUUUUUGGAACAGAUUGGACAAAAUUCGUAUAAAGGUGCCUACAUGGGGAAAAAGGUUGGCAUUGAGAAGCUUAGAGGGUGUGAUAAAGGAAACUUGUACGAGUUUGCACUCAGGAAAGACCUGCUAGAACUGAUGACAUGUGGACAUAAAAACAUUUUGCAGUUUUGCGGUGUUUGCGUAGAUGACAAUCACGGGUUAUGUGUAGUGACAAAAUUCAUGGAAGGUGGAUCUGUCCAUGACUUAAUUUCAAAGAACAAGAAGCUUCAGAACAAGGAUAUUGUAAGAAUUGCAGUUGAUGUGGCUGAGGGGAUCAAGUUUAUGAAUGAUCACGGUGCUGCAUAUAGAGACCUUAAUACUCAGAGGAUUCUGUUGGAUAGACAUGGGAGUGCUUGCUUGGGAGAUUUGGGUAUAGUCACUGCCUGCAAGAGCAAUCAAGAGGCAAUGGACUAUGAAACCGAUGGUUACCGAUGGCUAGCUCCUGAGAUAAUCGCUGGCGAUCCCGAGAGUGUCACCGAGACAUGGAUGAGUAAUGUUUAUAGUUUCGGGAUGGUAAUUUGGGAGAUGGUAACCGGUGAAGCAGCCUAUAAUGCAUAUUCACCUGUACAGGCAGCAGUAGGCAUUGCAGCUUGUGGCCUUAGACCUGAGAUCCCAAAGGACUGUCCACAAACUCUAAAAUCUCUAAUGACAAAAUGCUGGAACAAUACCCCUUCAAAACGCCCCGAAUUCUCCGAAAUUUUAGCGAUAUUGCUGCGAGCAACGAAACAACAACAAUAGAUAAAUUUUGUCAGUCAUUGUGGAAUCUAAUAUGUUGAUAGUAAUUGAAGGGAGUUUCAUACACAGCACAAUCAUGAAUCCUGUAUGCUUUUUUGUAACCAUAAUGAAGGUGUAAAAAUGUUUCAUUCCUUGUUGAACAAUUUUGUACUUUUUGUUUUAUGCUGUCUUUGCCAUCAUGAAUCUACUAUUUUCAUGUUUUGUGAUGGCAACAUGAAUGAUGGAAAUAUUUAAAUAGUGUCAAAUUGUUUUGCUAUGAGGAAACUAGGAUUUUUGUUUUGUUUGUUUAGUGCGUAUCCUAAGGGUCCCAUUUGAGAUUAUGUUUCAUUAGAUGUGAAACUGUCAAGGUCACUGUCUCUCUUUUUCAUGAGAUA